AUAUAAAGGAAGGCAGUAAAUUAUUGCGAAGCAAUGGCUCUUCGAGCCUAGGGAGUAUACCAUCUAAUCGAUAUCCACCUAAUCGAAUAGAACUUGAAAACCAGCUUGCUUAUAAUAAGCGCAUGCAGUAUGAUCUAAAUCGAUCCAAUAAAGAUAAAGAGAAACUUUUUAAGCAUAGUUGUCAACUUAUUAAUGAGGUUAAACGAUUGAAAGUGGACAAUACUAACCUUACAUCCCAGAUUACCCGAUCACAGAUUUCCCGUGAUGAGUAUAAAGCCAG